GAUUGCACGUGCCCCUCUACGAACAGCCCAGUAUGCGGUACUGACAGCCAGACGUACACGAACGAGUGCGUUGCCAAAUGCGCGGGCGUGGAUGUGGCCUACGGUUACCAGUGUCGUGGGCCGAAGAUUGAUUACUGCUUCUGCCCGGCUGUGGAGGACCCCGUGUGCGGGGUGGAUGAUGUGACGUAUCGAAACGAAUGCGAGGCCACUUGCGUGGGAAUGGCCUUGAACGUCCCGGGUGAACGCAGUGAAAAGUGCGCUUGCUCAUCCGUGUUCGACCCCGUGUGCGGCACGGACCAACAGACAUAUAUGAAUGGCUGUGCGGCAAAGUGCUGGGGCGUAGAGGUGGCCUACGACAGCGAGUGCAUUGAAGAGUCGGGUGGCGACUGCAUUUGCCCGGCUGUGGAGGACCCCGUGUGUGGGGUCAACAACGUUACGUAUGGGAACUCAUGCGAGGCCAACUGCAGGGGAGUGCCCGUGAAGUAUAAGGGGGAAUGCUGA